GGUACUUUGCAUGAGCGCUACCGCGUACUUUCUGUUCGCUCAUGUCGACCAGCUCGCAUGGAGGGGACAGCAAGUUCCCCGUGCCAGAACAACGACAACAUUCUGGCGUAAAGGCCGCGCUACGGUAUACAGGAAUACCUCCUUCAUGGCUUGACAAAAGACCCAGUCUUCCUUCUCGAAACUGGCUCAUAUUCCUCGGUGUCACUUCAAGUGUCACAGCGUGGUACAUUUACGAUCGUAGACAAUGCAAAAAAAUUCGUCAAGAGUACGUGGAAAGGGUCAAGUACCUUUCUGAAGUGCCUCUGCAUAGUUUGGACUAUCCGAGAAAAGUCACGGUUUAUGGAUCGAAAUGGCCUGGGGAUGAGGAUUCCGAUCGAAGCAUGAAAUACUUUCGGAAGUACGUCAAGCCUGUGUUUGUCGCUGCUGCAAUUGACUAUGAGAUGAUCAAUGGCCGACGACACGGGGAGCUAGCAAACCGCAUUGCAGAAACUAUCAAAGCUCGAAGGAGACUAGACCUAGGAAUCGACCAACUACCGCAGGCCGUCAUGGUGCUACCGGGCACUUCCCCCGAGGAAAAGCGUAAACGCGAGCUAGAGGGUGGCCUUGUCAUCAUUGGGCGUCCCACCUUCAAGGAGUUCAUGGCUGGCUUGAAGCGUGGAUGGACUGAAAGUCUGGAGAAGGUGGACAGGGAGGAGCAACUUUCCAAGCAUUUGGAAUUAGACGGUCGAUUUGAUGAACCACCAGAACUGGAAACAACGGCAGACGUUGGAGACAUUGACGGCGAGCCAAUACCUACACCAUCAAAAUUGCCUCCGUCGAACGCGUAUUCUGUGUUCACUGCGCCCCGUUUGCGACAGCAGGAAUCUGCUCCUAGACUCUCGUCAGACAGUUCCAUUCCGUCACAUCUCAACAUCCCUCCGGAAAAAAUCCCACCAGUACCACCUAUCCUCCUUGUGGACUUCGUCAACUAUAUUGGACUCACUCAAAUCCCUCACAUGAUUUGGGAGUUCUUUAACGAACGUUAUAAGGUCCGCGCAGGUGCCGAGGCAGCUUACAAAUUAACUAUGGGCGAAACACGGCCAUUCGUUGGUCCGUCUGAAUCCUCGUUUGAUUCAUUGCUGGAGGACCCUACAAUCUCGCCUGCUCAACCUUAUCCCUCGGAAAUAUUGCCCCAACCUACGGACCUCCGUUUCGGCAAGGAGACCGAGUCUUGGUACAAGAGCUCCACUGUCAAAGCCUUUACCUCAGACAUCCAGAAGGCAAGAGAAGAGUACUAUAAGGAGCUACCGAAGAAACUGGAGACUGCUCGUGCACUUGCGAGAGGCACUCGCGAGCCUACCAAGGACGAGAAAAGCUAUCCUCCGCCUACAGAAGUUGAGUUGCGUGCUGAGCGGAUGAAGAAGGAGUUGAGAUGGACUAGUGACGAGGCCGGGUGGGAGAUCAUCAAGCCGGAGAAGGAAGCUGAGUGGGAUAGAAGAUUCAAGGAUGCACUUCGAGUGUUCACUGAGCCUUCUCGCCAAAAGGAUGAGACUGCUAGAGGUCAAGAAGACUCGAUGGCCUCAUGAUUCGGAGUCCACUGCUUAUAUAGACGUCGGGAUAAUUGUUACAUUGCUCUGCUGGGUACCAUACCUCAUUUGCUAUCUAAUCGUCCAAUUUGUCCACAAUAACCACUGACCCGCUAUUAUACAACCAGUCCUC